CUUUUAUUUCUGCAUGCGCUAAAGGAUCGUGCACUUAACAAUGGAGACUGAAUCUCAGCGAAAGCGGGCAUUCCCAUGGAAUUCAGAGCAAGAGCAACUAAAUGUCGUAACAAAUGAGCAACAAGAGGAUGGAGUGGCCCGAAAUUCAAAACGGCCAUCGCGCAGACAGGGACAGGACGAAAUUGUCACACAACAAACUCCAAAGAAGCGACAGAGAAAGCCAAAACCGCCUACUACAGAGACUGGCAAUGGUAGAAAUAAAACCAGUACUACAGCGACAGCAAUAGCGACAGCGCCAGUGACAACAGCAGCGGCAGUAACAGCGACAUCAACAGCGACAGCAACAGCGGCAGCAACAGCGACAUCAACAGCGACAUCAACAGCGACAUCAACAGCGACAGCAACAGCGGCAGCAACAGCGGCAGCAACAGCGGCAGCAACAGCGGCAGCAACAGCGGCAGCAACAGCGGCAGCAACAGAGGCCGGUGAUGGUGAAAACAACAAUAAUGCUACAGUGAAGAAAAGAAAGAGAUAUAAACACCAUAUUUAUUAUAAAGAGCGCAUGUAUAAUGAAAUGUAUCUGAGAGGUCUUCGAGAGCGAGUCAAAGCCUUUAGUGGCAUCACGCCUGUUCAGCUCUGCACGUGUUGUGAUCCUCCUACGGAUCAUACAGCUACUGACGGCUUUGGCGAUGACAGCAACCUUCAGGUUGAUGCUGGUGGAGGCAAAGAUGAUGCUCUUUAUCAAUACAUGAUAGCAAUGGCGGAAGAUUUAGCCCCUAUAACAGAGGAUGAAGCAGAGAAGGAUCCUGAUGCAUUAACGGACGAAGAGAAUGAGGAAGACGCCCAUAGCCAUUAUGAUGUCUUGGACAAAAAGAUUAUUGGGCUGUUUAAGAAGAAUAACGAAUUUGAGAAGGUCAGGUAUGAACGUUGGAAAGAUCAUAUUAUUGCUCCUCGACAACUCCUUAUCACUAAAAAGAUGCAAAAAGUCAAAAAGGAGAUCGAACGGCUAGUGUUGAAUCAGACCUUUGUGGGUACUGUGGCUCCAAUGACCCCUGAAGUCCAAAGUAUUCCUGCGGCACGAUUUCGGAUGGACAAGUCGGGCGAUCUUCAUGAAAUAGAUCAAGAAGGACGAAAGGCGCUUGAAGCAAGGAUGAGACGGGACAAAAACGACUAUCAAAGCGCGAAGGAUAAUAGCCAUGGUGGUAUCAAUGGUGACAGCAAUGUCGACGCGGGCGACGAUGGAACAAGCAACUAUGUAGGCGGUGCAAUGGUUGGACAAGUUCGGUACUCAUCAAAAUGCACAUCUUGUCUUCUGCAGGGAUUCGAAUGUUCGGGACACAAACCUAUUUGCAGUCAAUGCUACUACUCUUCUUCCCGGAUGACUCUUGCAAUGAAUAAAGGGGUAGCAGCAUCUGUAACAGGCGACUUGGGGCCCAAUGUUGAGCCAAAAUCAUGUUCUUAUCCUAUUGAGGGUACUUCUCUUGUAACUGAACAAACGUUCCAAGGGUUGAAACAAUAUGCUAUAAACGCUGGAGCCAACAGUAUCAUCAGCAGCGAGCGAGCGCCCACAUGGGUAGUUACCCCUCAGGGAACUCAGCCUCUCAUAGACAGGAAUCUUGCGACUGGCCUAGACUACGUAUACGACGGCUCCGCACCUCGACCUUGGCGUGAAAUGAAGAUUAACCAUCCUGAUCAAUCUAAAAAGACUAUGAAUCAGGCCAUACCUGAAAAAGAACCAAGGGAUCCCCAAGAUGGCACAACACAUUCAAAUAACGUCACAAAUGCCGUUGAGCCCGGCUCCCGAAAAGAAAAAAAAGGAGGCACAUCCUCAAGUAAGGCUAAGAAGGAUACUAAACCCAAGUCCCGACAGGCAAAGGACGAAGUACCAGUUAGUACCACAUCUACCUUGCCUAUGGAUACAUCCUCACAAGCCGUAACAGACGAGGCUCGCCAGAAUAAACUUUUGAAAACCAAGAAAGCAAGGAGGGAAAGAAGGAUGGCUAAAUACCAAAAACGGUUAGCGAAAGCCAAAGAAAAGGAGCUAAAGAGACUGGCCAGGGAAAAAGAGCGGCUGAGGAAGGCCAAGUUAAAAGCUAAAGCAAAAGAGCAGUUGGAGAAGAUUAGGAAGAGAAGAAAAGAGGCAAAAGCACGGCUAAAACUUAUAUCGGAACUCGUCGAAAAAAUAGAAGCUCGGGAGAAAAGAGAGAUACAAAAACAGGAGCGGAAGAUUAUACUUGAGGACAAAAAGAAUGCAAAAAUUCAAAAGAAGAUGUCAAACUCGUUCUUCUUGGCUCUGAACCAACCAACGAUGAGCACAUUGGUGGAUGAAAGGGCUCGCGAAAACUUUGACCGUCGGAAAAAGAUUCCAGCAAAAACUGUGGGCAUGGCCAGAGAUCCUUUCGGGGAAGAGAAACAGGGAUGGACUAUAGGAUCACAAUCAGAAAACAUGGCUACGAUAACUACUGCUGAAGAUGGCAGUCAUAACCAAGAGAGAGAAGAACAGAGUUUCGUGUAUUCCUCUGAUGACGACAAUAGUGACAACGAUAUCGCUGGUGCUGGAAAGAAGGAUAAUGAUGUAGAGGUGGAUGUGAAUGGUCUUCAUGUCAAUCGGAAAAUUAGAGGAGAAAACAUGCGGGAAGAGAGAUGGGGUCUGUUCCAUGAUCGAUUCAAGCAAGUUGCGAAGAAGGCUCCGGAACAUGCGGAGAUCAAGGUUCCAAAGUAUAAGAAGCAUAUGGCGAGGACUUUCCGGCCCUGGGUCGUAAAGAAAAAUGAGCAAGUCAUCCCUUCAGCCUGUGAUCUGCCUGAAACAUCCUUUCUACAGGCUCUACAUUUUUAUACAUCUUACUUCUAUACCCAUUUCAACCCUUGCCCUGAUAUGUUUGAAGCAAUGGACUUGACUGCCCAUAUAGCACUUGGAAUGGUCAUUCAAGAAGUCAUAUCUGAUUUUGCAUUUAAAUUGGGUAAGGAGUCUCAGCUGGAGGACUUGGAGGUGAAGAGAGAGAAACUAGAGUUUGCAGGGAAAUUGGACGAGUGGGAGACAAUUAUCUACAGUGACACUGAAGACGAGUUCGAAAGCGAAGAACGUGAAGAAGAAAGCGAAAGCGAAGGAAGUGAAGAAGAAAGCGAAGAAGAAAGACGUACCUUGGUUCCAGAAAACGGGGAAGCAGAAGGAUUUACGCAAGAAACGCUGGUACAACCGAGCUCGCAGCUGCAGACGCGUCCAUCCUUCAAGUUUGACUCGGAGGAGGAUGAAGAAAUGACCGAUGGCAGUGUCUACUAGACAUAAAAUUGUGUCGCCACAAAACUAAAGAAGCCCUUUCAGCAUCUG